CUACACGGAGCGCCUUGAGCACGGUGGUGAUAAAUGGCAUCGCACAACUCAACACGAGUGGAAGGCCACGUGUGUCGUGGCUUGUAUUGUUGACAAUUUUUUCUGGUACGUCAAUUGUUAAAUAUAUGACGAAAUGAGAGAUUGAGGCUGAGCAAUGGAUCCAGACUUUGAAGAGUUGUCCAAUGACACAGACUUGAUCGCUAGAAUCAAGCAGUUUCGAGAUGCCAGGGAGAGGAUUGGGGAUACUUUGCAGCUUGCAGCUGAUGAGAAGUUCUACGAGAGUCUGAGCAAUGAGGAUAAGAUAAAAUUUAAUCUUCUGAUGUCGUUUGGGCUGAACAGCUUGUUCUGGAUGUACCUGAGAUUAGAAGAUGUCGAUCCUGCCACGCAUGAGAUCAAGAAUGAAAAUGUUCGCCUGAAGAAGGCAAUGAUACGAGCUCAGGAGAUCAAGGACAAAAAGACAAAGAUGCCAAGACUCAAUAGGGACGCAGCACAGAGAUUCGUAAGGAGUGGCCUCUGGGACCCCAAAAACAGGGCGAAAAGGGGACGAGAGGAUGAAGAUCAAUGUCAACAAGAGUUGGAGGAAUGGAAUGACGAGGAAGGGAAUAAUCCUGUGCCUGCACCUUCGAGCAAUACUGAUUAGAAAUUUCCUGAUAAUUUGCUACAUUUUUCAUAAAUUAAAAAAUCCCCUUUAAAUAAUCUAGAAGUUCCCAUAAAUGGCGAAUAAUGAAUUACAUUCGAUAAUAAUAACGACUGCUUUUUAUACAAAAGUUUACUGUAAUUAAUUAUUCGAUACAAAACUG